CGACCAUCACCUCCUCCUCCUUCCUCUCUCUUUGUUUUGUUCUUUCUUCUUUUAACCCCUCUCGAGAAGAGGCCUCCUAGAUCACAGCUACACUUGACGAAAGAACGCGAGGAACAUGGCGGAUGUCAGCGAGAACCAAAUGAAGCUAUGGCGCGCGGCCCGCGAGGACCUAGAAGAUGUCCUCGACGAGGUCUUCGAGAACGGCGACUACGAUCUGGAUGCGCAAAACGAGAAAGGACUGACAGCACUGCACCUCGCCGCCCAAAACACAUCGAUAUGGGUCAUCGAAAAGCUCGUCGACAAGAUCGUAGAAACCGACGGCGACAUUGACCCCGUCGCCGGCCCGCGCGCGGACCCGUACACCGAGGGCGACACGCCGCUGCACAUCGCGCUCGCGCAGCUCAUCCGGAGCCCGGACAAGGGCAAGAUCCACAUCGUCGCGCAGCUGAUCAACGCAGGCGCUGAUACCGACAAAGAAGACCACAACGGGGUGACAGGCAACGGAUUGCUCGAGAAACUCCAAGCACAAGACGAGGCGACGUACGACGAGCUCGAGUCCGUCAUCAACGAAGACGCAGACGAAGAAGACGAAGCACCACCCGUGCCCGCGCGCCGCCGCGUAGAGCUGAGCGCGGACGACUUUGCUAACGGUGCACGACGAUGAGACAGGAUCUGGAUCAGGUUCAGAGUCGGAAUAGACAUGGCGUUUACUGCUUUCUUGGUGUAGUCAUGGAUGAAUAUCUGUUAGCCACGGGCAGAUAGUACGGAGCGUUUAGAGAGAAUCAAUUAGUGAACCAAUGUAUCAUAGUGCUGCGAAUCUGGGUGGCGUGACACAAGCAUAUAUAUCGCAUUGGCUGAAAUCUACAACAAAGUACACUCCAAAAUACGUCCCGAACAAAACAUAAAACUCAUAUAAGCACCUGGGUAUACUCGACCGUGUCCACCCCAAACCACAUCACAAUAAAUCACCGCCACCCCAAACGUAUCACCGCACCAACACAACCUCCUCCCCCGCCCCCGCCUCAUACCACGCCUUCUCCAACACAACACCCACGCCCAACCGCUCCCUUACCCCGCUCCCGCUCCGCACGCUCCCCGCGGACGCGGGCGCCAGCGCCAUCACAUACAGCAAAUACCCCCGAAACCGCUCGUCCGCGCCGACCGCGCGCAUCCACCGCGCGUCCCGGACGCCCCGCGCGCGCGCGAGCACCGCGAACUCGAGGGAUGUGGGUGUGGAUUGGAGCGUCAUCCCGGGGCGGCGGAGGAUGAUGCGCCCUGCGACGCUUCCGCCUGGGGUUGAUGGGGAUGUUGACGAUGACGAUGAAGGGUGAGAGGAGGUGGGAUAGGAGGCGGAAGGAUAGGAGGAGGUAGGAUAGGAGGAAACGGAGGAAGAGGCAGCGAGGAUGGAGAACAGCGAAUGGUGCUUCCCCGCGAGCGCCGCGCCCUUGCCCGCGCGCCGGACGGGGAGACACGCGACGGUCGUGCGGAACACGAGUGUGCCCGGCUCGACGCCCGGCGCGACCGACGGCGGGAUGUGCCAGUCCCAGUCCCACGACGGGAUCACGUAGUGCGCGGAGCGCGAGGGGUGUGCGGACGCGGAGAUGUCGGACGCGCGGAACGACGGGUGCGAGGGCGAGGGCGAGGCGAUGGCCGAGUCCGCGUCGUCGUCGUCGUCUUCCUCCGCCGAGGCGGUGUACCCGUCCCCGGCGCUGGCGUCCGCAUCGCCCUCGGCCUGCGCGGCGUCCCCAUUCCGCUCGCGAGCGCGUGCGCGUUCCUGCGCACGGACAAUCGCACUCGGCGCGAUCGCCCGCUCCUGCUUCGCAGGCCGCACAUCGAGCCUCACCAGCUCCCCGUUCUCGUCCACAAUAUGCCACUCGUCCACGAGCGAGUCGCCCACCACGGGCCUCGCAGGCGUCGGC